ACGAGAUGCACGUGCACUCAGUUUUGCGUUUCUUCUUAAAUGAAUGUUCACUGUUGCAAAUGUAGUCAUUACCAGUAAUGUAACUUGUUGUAUUUGAAUCCACCUGGUGUUUAUCUGUAGAACACUUAGUGUCUAAACAGUAUCAGUGUUUGGCAGGUGUUACUUGGACUAACAGAUGAAGACCUGGAGCUGGGUUUAGGUGUCAGCAGUUUAAUGCAUCGCCGUAAACUCCGCCUGGCCAUUGAGGAUUACAGAGAUGCUGAGAAUGGAAGAGGGCUUUCCAAGGCUGCAGACAUGGACCACCACUGGGUGGCCAAGGCCUGGCUAAGCGACGUGGGCUUGCCGCAGUACUCGCAGGCCUUUCACAACCACUUGGUAGACGGGCGUCUGCUGAACUCUCUGACCCGCCGCGACCUUGAACGCCACCUCAACAUCACCAAGACGUUCCACCAGGUCAGCUUGCUGCUGGGCAUCGAACUGCUGCACUUACUCAAUUUCGACAAGGAGGCGCUGCAGGCUCGUCGGGUCCAGUGUGAGCACCAGAACGUGGAUCCAUUGGUGUGGACCUCUCACCGGGUGAUGAAAUGGAUCAAGGAUAUUGACUUGAAGGAGUUUGCUGAAAGUCUUCUAAGCAGCGGCGUUCACGGCGCUGUCAUGGUGCUUGACCCCACUUUCAACAUUGACGCCAUGGCAACAGCUCUGGGGAUACCUAGCAACAAGCACAUGAUUCGCCGACACCUUGUGGAGGAGAUGAAAACCUUGAUUGGCCCGGCCAGGGCGGAUACCAAGCAGGACUACGAGCACCUGGGCCUGGGAACACCACCACCCCUCCUACGCCAGAACUCGGCGGGGAGACCGCCCAGCUCCACCGGUCGCCACACGGAUGACGAAGGCUCGCUGAGGAGGAGGGCUGUGAAGCCUCCGACAGGCUUCAGCCCCAAGACCCGCAAUGGGCGAGACUUGAGUUGCCAUAGCAGCAACGGCUCCCUGCCGCGGGAUGUUCGGGACCAGACUCCGCCCAGAUCUGAGGGAAGCCCGAUCCACGGCUACACCAGCAUCGAGGUCACCAACGUUUGAGGUCAUCGCAGUGUGACCAACACCCAGUUGUGAGCUUUGUCACUACUGAAUCUGCACCCUGGCCAUUUGUUGUGUGUACAUGAACAUGAGGUGGUUCUUUUCUCUAGACAUGACAACUUUCAAGACAUAUUGCACUUUUAAAAACAAGACAGGAUUCUUUUUUACAAGUCUCCUGGUUUAAGAAUAUUUGUAUUGUGUAUUGUGUCAUAUUUUGAUGUUUGAGGGGGCAGGGAUGUCUCUCGCCUGAAUCCAGAGAUGCAGGACGCAAGCUGAAUGAGUAUUUUUCUAUUCUUUUGUGUAAAUGGUUCUCUGUGAAUCAGGAUUUGACAUGGCAAUUUGUUUUUGUUGACUGUUUGCUAGUGAUUGUCUCUUUUUGAGGAAAAUGAGAUGUGGUGGUUUGUAUAAUACGGGGUACUGGAUGAUACAAUGAAAAAAAAAGUUUAAUAUGAAUAUAAAUUGUUUUGGUUUCAUGCAGUCCUGCUGUUCGUAAUGCCUUGUCAGUGUAGCUGAGGACAGUGGAGAAAAAAAAGACUUGAAUUGAAUUUUAAAUUCUAGAGUUAAUGUUUGAUAGCCUUUUUUUCAUCAUAACACAGUUGUGUCUAAACAAAUGUAGCACCCUCUUCUGAUGUUUUAUACUGUGAAGAAAAUGUGGGAAAAAUAUUUGAACAAUGGCAACUAAAUAUGACUGCAGAGCGGUAUGGAGCCUCAGGGCUGAAAGAUGUGGUGAUGCAUAUAUGUAAGAAUGAAUUAAUA